AUGUCUGGUCUCGAAGGCAUCGCGGUCCUGAGCCUCGCCUGCAACGUUAUGCAGCUCAUCAGCUUCGGUCACGAGGCCGUCUCGAUGUGCCGACGCAUCUACGAGAGCGGCUCGCCGGAGCCUGGUCUCGAUGAUUACGCCAAGGGUCUCAAAGCCGUCUGUGAUGAUUUAGAGAAGUCACUAGGCAAGAAACCGACACCUGCUCCCACUGUGAAAACACCGCUGUCGGAAAAACGCCUCCUAGAUUUCGCGACGAAAUGUGUCAAGCACGCCAAAGAUCUAGAAGAGGAGAUGAAGUACCUCUCCCCCAGUCAGCCGGGCACAUUCGGAGCAUUGGCCGUUGCUCCAAAAGUCAUGUGGCGGAAAAAGAGACUUGAGAGACUCAGACUCAACCUGGCUGAUGCGCAGAAGCUCAUGGAUACGUCUAUCCUCGAGCGGCUAUUCUUCAAAGCGGAGGCGACAUACAAGAUGAACAAGCAGGGCUUUUCCGAGCUGAGUCAAGAACUCAAAGCGUUCAUUGCGCAACAUGCAAAGUCUGGCAGCGUCCUUCAAGACGUCGUGCAGAAACAAUCCACGGAGAUCCGAGAUCACGUCACUACGCAAUCCUCGAAGACGCAGGAAGUUAUCAAGUCCCACAUGUCCCUCGAGCUCGCUCAUCAUGGAGCUUCUGUCAACGAGCAUGUUUCGCUGUCAGCCCAGAGUGUCCAGAAUGCCCUUUCCCAGAGGAUGGAGUCCAGAGAAGACUCUGUGGCAAGAGAGCAAGCUUAUCAGCAGCUUUUGAAGAGUCUUAAGUAUCCCGGAAUGAACGAGCGGAGAAAUCAAGUUACACAAACGCACCCAAGAACUUUUCGGUGGAUCUUCAGCAGUUCUAUGGAACUCGGUGGCUCGGAGUCGGAAUACUCAAAAGAAGACGGAUCCAGCGCAGACGACGAUGAGACUGAAAGCAUUGACAAGUCGAGCACCAUGUCAGAAGAAUCAUCUGAGUCGCCGGAUAGCUCCGACAGCACUGGAUCAGCUUGGCCUCAACCUCGGGAUAAUCUCGUCGACUGGCUGAAAGAUGACAAUCGAAAAAGAUACUGGAUUAGCGGCAAACCAGGGUCAGGGAAGAGCACGCUCAUGAAAUACAUUGAAACAAACGAUAAAACCAUCGAAUACUGCAACCCAGGGACUCGGUGCAUUUCUCACUUUCUAUGGAGACCCGGCACUUUUAUGCAACAGAAUAUCAAAGGCCUCCUUUGCUCUCUGCUUCAUCAAAUCCUGGCCGACGAAAAAAGUAUCGCCUUGAGAAUUCUGGAUAACCAGCCAAGUCUCUCAACGAAGGACUCAUACACCGAUUGGACUGUACAUGAACUGAAAACAAUCCUUCUGGACUUGAUACGAAAGUCAGCUUGCACAUACUUGGUGCUUUUGGAUGGCUUGGAUGAAGUCGCUGAUACCCCGGAUGAGGGAGCUGGCCGACUUUUGCACCUCAUUGACGAGCUUGUCGCCACAAACCAAGUCAAAGUCUGUGUUUCUAGUCGCCCUGAGCCAGCCUUAAAGCGGAGCCUCGAAAGGUACCCGAUGCUCAAGAUCCAGGAUCUGACCAAUCGAGAUAUUCGUUUGCUUACGCGAGACCGACUUGCCGCCAUGGAAAUUGACCUUGAGAACGUCAAGACCGAUAAGUUAUCUGAUCUCAUAUGCGGAAAAGCUGAAGGAGUUUUCAUAUGGGUCGUUCUUGUUUUGAGUAGUCUCCAGCGUGGUCUCGACAAUUACGAUGAUGUGAAUACUCUCUAUCGCCGCGUUCAGUCCUUGCCCAAAGACCUGACGAAACUGUAUAAAGAGAUGUGGUCAAGGAUGAAGGAAGACAGCGACCUCUAUCGCAGAAAAACAGUAUUGCUUUUCUAUAUGGCGAUGGAACUGAAGGGAAUCUUUCAUGAUUGCCAUUGGGGGCUUACAGACAACCUUGUUGGCCUUGUCAUUUCUACAGAUGAUGAAAUGUUGGAGUCCUUCACCUCCCGUGAUGAGAUACCCGAUACGGGGCUACUGUGGGAAAAGUGGCGCUGCUUAGGGAUGGGACUAUUAGCGAGAUGUGCUGGGCUACUGGACAUGACCGGCGCCGAAGAAGCCUUCUCCUCGCAUAAUACCCACGAGAGCAAGUUCAAGUCUUGGGGCAGAACGGGCAUUCGUUUCACGCACAGGACAGCUAUCGAUUUUAUUUGCCACAGCGAGGAGGGAAGAGAACUUUUCGGUGCUCACAUUCCGAGACGCGACGAUCUUCUUAUACGGUCUAUCAAAACAAACCUGAUGUUUCAUCGUAUCAGACGUAGACCGUAUUUCACCAGCACUACGUUUCCCUUCAGACCUACUUUUCCCGGAGGUACAGGACCCUAG